AAGUUAGAAUGAAAAGACGGUUUUGGGGUUGAGUCGAGUCGCCGACGCGUCUGCGUGUCGCGCAUAUCCAGCGGUCGAUGCCGGAGCGUUGCGCGCGCAAAUGUCUACUUCACAGGCCGUUCGAAUUCAUUCCGAUCGGAGUUCUCGUGCCGAGCGGUCGAUUCAUACGCUAGCCCUGGGCGAACCGUCGGCAGUCGCGCCGGCGCCGCCGUCGGCGAUGGACCACGACGAGGACAGGUCCUUGUCUUUGGGGACGGAGGUAUCUGCCUCCGUGCCCCCACCGAGCCCUCUUACGGGAUGUUAUUUGCUCGCGGUGAUCGGGGAGCCCCACACUCACGAGCACAAGGAGAUAAUUCUGCAGCGGCUUGUUAAAGGUCUGCUGUCAUGGGACGCAGGAGAGCACCAGGUCGACCUGGAGAAGGAGUUAUCCACCCUCACGGCGCAGGCACCCGAGGGGGAGGAAGCUCGCUAUGGCGAACGUCUAAUUCAGUUCGCGUCGGAGAACCUGGUGACGGAGAUCCUGAUCCACCCUCAGAUGAACACGCUGAUGCAGUGCAUGCGCAACCUGCUCAGCUCCUUUACUCGACACAGGCACCUUGUGCACGCUGGAUAUACAUUCGCUGGGAACGGCUCCUGGAUCAUGCAGGACGGGACCUUUUCCCUAGCUGAUUUCACUGAUGCUUACCAAGAAAAUGAGGUACAGCGCGUCAUUCGCGCCUAUGAGAAUUCGAUUUCUAUCGAUGUUCACUGCUCUACAAGCGGUGGAGGAGAAUGGGCCAAGCUCCCCGAGAUGCCCUUCGUGAAAUACUGCAAGAUUAGGGUCAACCCUACGGAUAUACUCGACUCUGGCUCCCAAGCCAUCAAGGAUUUUAUUGCAUACCUGGACCCAUACGUGGUACCAGCCAGCCUGGACCAGCUCCUGGUGUCGAGCGACGUGGUGGGCAACAUCAGGUUUAGCCACCCGACGCUCUACGUAUUCCCAGGAGGACAAGGAGACGCCGCACUUUUCGGCAUCAAUGGAUUUAAUAUGUUAGUGGAUGGAGGCUUCUCCAGAAAGGCUUGCUGGUGGGAUUUCGCCCGUCACUUGGACCGUCUCGACGCAGUCCUCUUCACGAGGCUCAACAACUGCUCCGUUUCCGGCAUGGCGUCAGUCCUGCGUCGGAAGGCAGGAGCCACAGUCUACCCCCAGAUUGGACACUUCUUCUGUAACUUAGAAGAACGGCGAGCUCUCACGAGCCCUGACGGAGACAAGGACGCGGAUCCCCUGCUGGUGUCACUCCUGCAGGAGGGCUCCGACAUGAUGACUGACCUGCGCCACAUUAACCUCAAACCACAACACUGCUAUCGAAGCCCUGAGCCCAUUAACCUGUACCACAAAGUUGGACAUGGUACCCUAGACAUGUACGUACUGAAUCCGUCCAAGGACUCUAAAUACGUUCGUGAAUUCUUAAAACGCUGGCACAACAGUGAACAAAAGUUAUUUGAAGGAGCGAGUGUGUCCGGACAGUUCAACUUUCCCAUACCUAACUUAGUUUCAAUUUGCGCGUUACUAGUGUGGCGCCCAGCCAACCCUGACGACACAAUCACGAGGAUAAUGUUCCCAGGAUCGACACCACAACAUAAAAUAUUUGAAGGCUUAGAAAAACUUAAACACUUAGAGUUUCUACAACACCCCACUUGCACAGGCAGGCAGAUGACGCCUACCGCACCAGCUGUGACCGCUGCAGCAACUACAGUGACAACUACUAAAACCAGCGUUAAGGCUACAACUAAAUCUAGUAAAGAAAGAAGCCUCAUUACUGAAAAAACAAAAGAAGACAAAAUUGUUGAACCCGAACCUCCUCCAAAAGAUCUAAAAGAAGGUGAAACUAAGAAUAUAAUAGACAAUAAACUACUUAGUGAACUCGUAGAGGGGGAAGAUAAAAUGGACUCCGUCUUACACGAGGCCAUAACCGCGAGAAUAGAAACUAAACUAGAUGAUAAGAUUGCUCAAUACGAGAGCACUGUGAUAGACGGUCUGCCUAAAAAAAAAGAUGUGAAAAAGAAGGCUGUGGAUAAAAAAACUAAACGCGUUGAUAAGACUGAUGAAGUUAAAGACUCUGUAGUAAAAGCUGAAGCUAAAAAAGUUGAAGCUGAAUCGAAACCAAAAGUAGACAAGAAGUCAAAAGUUGACACACGCAAAUCUGAAAUAACGUCGUCAAUUACACGUAGUAAAAUUAGUCAUCGCGCAACGCGGUCUGUUUCAGAGCGAAAAGCAACAUCAAGUAUAGAGAAAAAAGCAGGAUCUGAAGAUAAAAAGUCACCACCGACGACACCUAAAAAAUUAACCGACACUAAAUCGACUCCAUCUGUACCAGUUUUAAAAGAUAAAAUUAAAGCCAAAACUAGAAGACUGAGUCCAGGCAGUACCCCAGCUAAGAGCACAAAAGAAGCGAAAAAUCGUAUGGUUGCCGAAUCUAAAUACAAACAAGCAUCACCCAAACGAGAUGCAACAACAAAAAUAUCUGAAAAGAAAGAAACUAAAGCUAAACGAGAACCCAUAUCGCGUCGGCCAAGACCAUUAUCAUCACCGGUGAAAGGGUUGAAGGCUAUGAAAAGCCCAACUAAAUCCGUAAAAUCAGUAAAAGGUGAAGCCUCAAAGUUGAAGGGCUUACAAAGAGUAAAUUAUGAAGAUAUUCUAAAAGACGCGAAAAAAUCUGACGAAGACACAUCAAAAUCCCUCGAUGAUAUUAAACAACAAGAAUUAGAUGAAAGAGAAGAACAAGAAAUCGUUAGAGAAAUUGAAGCUGUUUUUAACAGGGACAGUGAAGCUGAAGAGAAAACUGAAUUUGUAGGACGAUCAGAUAUUGAAAAAAUUACAUGUUUAUUAGACGACACUAAGACUGAAACGACUGCCGACGGCGAAUUUGAAGAAGAAUAUCUUAUUAUUGAAAAAGAAGAAGUUGAACAGUAUACCGAAGACUCGGCUGUAGAACGACAGGAUAGUCAUGAGCAUGAAGAUGAAUUACAGAAACAUACAAAAGAUAAAGAGGAAUCUGAGAAAAAGAAAGAUAUUACCGUACUUGAAAAACCUGAAGAAACACAAGAAACACAAAUCAAAACUGAAGCAGUUAUUGAAACAGACACAAAGCAAAUUGAAUCUAAGGAACACUCGGUAAGCGUCGAAGAAAAACAAGACAUAAGCAGUGAAAAGAAAACCUCUGAUAGUAAGAGUAUUCCUAAACCGAAAGAUUCUCUUGAAAUGCAGGUUCAAGAGUCUCAGCCGGAUGAAAAAAUUUCUACUACUAUUGAAUCAGGGGCAACCACUGCACCGACACUACCUGAAGAUGAAAGAAUAACACUUGAUGAUAUUAAAGAGGAUCAACAAGUUGAAGAAAAACACGUUCAAGAAGAGACUAAGGAAGUAAUUCCUCCACAAAACUUAAUCGACACAAAACCAUUAUCACUAGAAAAGAGCCCUAAACUUGAGUCUGUUCCAAUCCCAAUAAGAGAAGUUGUCAAGACUCCAGAUGAAGUAGCCGACUUACCUUUGCACGAAGAAGUUGACUACAGAACUUACGUAGAAAAGAAAACACCAGAAGAAGAAUUUGUAAAACGAAAAGCGGAUGACGUCAAAGUUCCUAAAGAUCUACCUCUUCUGGAUCAGGAAGGUGGAGUAACUUUCAAAGGAAUGAAAGCAGUUCAAGAUGAUGUUGUAAUCAAAACUGUGCAACGAGCGUCCCAUGCUGAACUUGUUACUGUCACACCUGGAUCUGCUCCAGAGUCCCCAAUGUACCAAGAACAAAUGAAAGUGUCAGCAACUCCCGACAAAGACCUAAAACCAGUUAAAGAAUAUGAUGAUGACGAAUACGACUACGGGCAAUAUACUGAAAAAUUGAGAGAAACACACAUUACUACUCUCGAUUCUCCAAUAAAAGAUGAUAUUAUUGUAAUCGAAGAAAUUCCAUGUAUGCCUGAAAAGAUCCCUUCAAUACCUGAGGACGUUGAAAAAGAAAUCGAAGAGGCUCGUAAGCUAGAAAUGCCUGACAAACCACCACUGAGUCCUAAAGAAGUAGAAAAAAUCGUUGCUGACGUCGCUGAAGUACUUAAAUCCGACAAAAGUUUAGAAGAAAUCAUGGCUGAGAAAUCCCCUUUGCUUAGCAAGUCUCCGGAAGUUUUUCCGUUUAUGCCAGCUACGGUUAGUGCUGUCGAAGCAACGAAAAUGCUCUUAACUAGUGAACAAGCAAGCACACACGAUUUGCAAGAAGAACAUAAGGAAUCAAAAACUCCUGAGGUUAAGCCUAUGCACGAUAUGUCAGAAAUUCAAAAAGAAGUGUCACCAGCCCGAUCCAUAACAUCAGAGGACGUCAGUGAAACUUCAGAUAAGACAGUGUUAAGUGAAAGUAAACGAGUCAAACGAGAACUUUUGGAUGAAAAGAUCAUCGAAAAAGUAGAUGAUGUAGAAGAAAAAAUGCAAAGAAAGAUUAGUUCUGAUGUAACUGACCAUGUCGAGGAUAAAUUCACACUUAAGGAUUUGGAAGAAAAACCCGAUAAACAAGUAAUUACAACACUAGAAUCAGCGAAAACGUUAGAAAAACUGGAAGAAAAAAUUGCUGAUCUUAAGAGAAAAGAAGAGAAAAUUUUAGAACAAAAAACUGAAGUUUCUGGAACUUUAGAAAAACCUACAAAAGACAAAUCGCCUAUAGAAGAAAAAGAAAUCCCAAGGAAAACAUUAUUGCAAAAGGCUGAAACUAAAGUCGAAAAAGUUGCCGAAAAAGUGUCUGCAUUCAAAGAUGAAGUUUUCGGAUUCUUUGGCAAGAAAUCUGACAAAAAGGAGCCAAGCCCCGAAAAAGAAAUACCUGAAAAAAUUGUCGUAAAGGAAAUUGAGUCGAACAAAGAAUCAGUUUCCAAAACACCAAGCCCCACUGAAAUAGAACCUUCAGAAAGUCUUUUCAAAGACGAGCAAUUAGAACAAAAACCUGGAAUAUCGAUAUUCGAAGAAAUGAAGGAUAUUGAUGCUACUAAAACUGCCGAAAUAGACCUAGAUCUAAAAAGUCUCCAACACGAAGAAGAAGUUUCUAAUGAAAAAAAGGUAAGUCCAGAUUUACCUGAUGAUAAGCUCCCGGGCUUAAUCUACGAUGAAGAUCAAGAAUUAGACAUUGAAGAAAGGUUAAUUGGAUUUGAACCCAGGGGUAAACCGGAAGAAUUUACAACAGCACAAGUUGUAACAAUCACUGAGAACGGUGUUGUAAUCAUAAGGAAAUCCACAAUAACAACUAUUUUACAAGAAUAUAGUAAUGUUACUCGUACGAUUGUUAGGUACAAAACCACUGUUCUAACAAUUGAAGAAGAUGAACUUCCAGAUGGCAAAAAAAUAGGAAGGACAUAUAGAAAAGUAUCUCUUUCUCAUGAACGACCAAAACUUGGAACUACUGAUGCAGAAGAAAAACCACCUAGCCCUAUUAAGCUCGACAAAGAAAAGCUACAAGAAAAAAUUUACGACAAGCUAAGUUCUCCUGAUGACAUCGGCGAAACGCUGCCAAGAUCUGAUUUAGGGAAUGAAACUGUUUCGACGAUUUUGAAACCAGACUUAAUUUAUAAUGAAGAUGAGGAAUUAGAAAUUGAAGAGCGUCUAAUGGCCUUUGAACCUGUAGGAAAACCAGAAGAAGUAACUACUACACACAUAACAACAAUUACAGAAAAAGGUAUCUUGAUCAAAAGAAAAUCAAUUGUGACGACAGUACUACAAGAAUACACAAAUGUAUCUAAAACAACAUGUAGAUAUAAAACCACUGUUUUGACGAUCGAAGAAGACGAGAUGCCGAAUGGUGCCAAAUUAAGUCGUACUAUCAGAAAAGUCUCCCUUGCUUAUGAAAAACCAAAACUGCCUUCUCCUAAACCUAGCGACAGAUCUAUUAGUUCAGAAGCAGAAAUGACGGAAAUUAUCACUGAAAAACCAAUGGUUGAAAAGGAUGAAAGGGAACCUAUUACUGACAUUUUCGAUAAUAAAAUAGUAAGUCCAGUCAAAAUAGAUCAAUCUAUGCCAGUUCCGUCCAAACCAGAUGGAACAACACCUACUUUAGUCUGGGAUGAAUCGCAAGAAACAGAAAUCACCAAUAUCUUAAAAGAUUUUAUGCCUAUAGGGAAACCAGAGGAACACACCAUUCACAAAAACGAGUCUACGACUGUCAAAGGAGUAAAAAUAGAGAGAGAAUAUAUAAUUACUACAGUUAUCACUGAAUUUAAACACGUUACUAAAAAAGUUAAAAAAUUCAAGGUAUGCAUUAUGACCAUAGAAACAGAUGAUUACCCAGAUGGUUCUAGAUUUACUCGAGUCAUAAGACAAAUGAAACUUUUCGAUAAAAAACCUGACCCUAUACCAUUUGAAUUCGAAGACAAAUUGCAGAUCCCUGAAGAAGGGUCAAACGUGGCAACAAGCGUCAAAACUAAGCUAGCAGUAAUUGAUAAAAAACCACAGCCUAUCGAGCUUGGUGAUACGAAUCUGAUAAAAUCAAGUGAACAAGCAAAAGAUCCAACCGAGUACGAGGAUCAAAAAAUAAAUCUAGCUAAACAGGAAGGCGUCGAACAAAAGACAUUGGAUGAGAAAUCAUCACCGAAGCAUAAACACGAAGUUCAUGAAGAAAAAGAAAUCAUCGAAGUAACACGAGAAUCAAAUCUAAUAAAAACACAAGAUACAAUGAAAACUUUGGAAAAGCCAGUGGACAAAAAAGAAGACUCCCAGAAACCGGACGGAGAACCACUUUCAUUAGUUUUUGACGAAAAACAAGAGUCAGAAAUAAAUUCAAUUUUAAGAGACUAUGAACCGAUGAGUAAAGGUGAAGAACAUAGUACCGGUAAAAUUGAAACUGUCACUGAAAAUGGCGUAUUAAUAAAAAGGAGUUCAAUGAUUUCGACUGUAAUCCAGAAAUUUUUGCACACAACCAAGAAAAAUGUCUUAUACAGAAUAUGUAUUAUGACAACUGAAGCUGAUGAACAUCCUGAUGGUUCUAAAUACACCAGAAUUAUCAGACAAAUGAAAGUGGUUGACGAAUAUCCAUACCCGAUACCUUUUGAAUUCGAAGAUAAACUUAGACCGCCAAUUGAAGAAAACACAGAGGAACAAAGAGUGGCUGUGGAUAUUGUUGAAAAAUUACCUAUCCAACCAAAGAUUGCAGAAACAGAACCAAGCACAGCUAAGCCUGAUGAGAGAAAACUUAGUCUCGUCACACCAGUAGAAAUGGCUCCAAGCCCAGUUCAUCUCGAUGAGAAAGUACCUAGCCCUAUUAGGCCAGGUGAUAAAGAACCUAGUCCGGUCAAGCCUGAUGAGAGGAAACCUUGUCUCGUCACACCAGAGGAGAAGGCGCCAAGCCCAGUACAUCUCGAUGAGAAGUUACCUAGCCCUGUCAAGCCAGGUGAUAAAGAACCUAGCCCGGUCAAGCCUGAUGAGAGGAAACCUAGUCUGGUCACACCAGAGGAGAAGGCGCCAAGCCCAGUACAUAUCGAUGAGAAAGUACCUAGCCCUGUCAAGCCAGGUGAUAAAGAACCUAGUCCGGUCAAGCCUGAUGAGAGGAAACCUAGUCUGGUCACACCAGAGGAGAAGGCGCCAAGCCCAGUACAUCUCGAUGAGAAGUUACCUAGCCCUGUCAAGCCAGGUGAUAAAGAACCUAGCCCGGUCAAGCCUGAUGAGAGGAAACCUAGUCUGGUCACACCAGAGGAGAAGGCGCCAAGCCCAGUACAUCUCGAUGAGAAAGUACCUAGCCCUGUCAAGCCAGGUGAUAAAGAACCUAGCCCGGUCAAGCCUAAUGAGAGGAAACCUAGUCUGGUCACACCAGAGGAGAAGGCGCCAAGCCUAGUACAUCUCGAUGAGGAAGUACCUAGCCCUGUCAAGCCAGGUGAUAAAGAACCUAGUCCGGUCAAGCCUGAUGAGAGGAAACCUAGUCUAGUCACACCAGGGGAGAAGGCGCCAAGCCCAGUACAUCUCGAUGAGAAGUUACCUAGCCCCGUCAAGCCAGGUGAUAAAGAACCUAGUCCGGUCAAGCCUGAUGAGAGGAAACCUAGUCUGGUCACACCAGAGGAGAAGGCGCCAAGCCCAGUACAUCUCGAUGAGAAGUUACCUAGCCCUGUCAAGCCAGGUGAUAAAGAACCUAGCCCGGUCAAGCCUGAUGAGAGGAAGCCUAGUCUCAUCACACCAGAGGAGAAAGCGCCAAGCCCAGAACUUCUCGAUGAAAAAGUACCUAGCCCUAUUAAGCCAGGUGAUAAAGAACCAAGCCCGGUCAAGCCUGAUGAGAGGAAGCCUAGUCUCGUCACACCAGAGGAGAAAGCGCCAAGCCCAGAACUUCUCGAUGAAAAAGUACCUAGCCCUAUUAAGCCAGAUGAUAAAGAACCUAGCCCGGUCAAGCCUGAUGAGAGGAAGCCUAGUCUCGUCACAUCAGAGGAGAAGGCGCCAAGCCCAGUACAUCUCGAUGAGAAAGUACCUAGCCCUAUCAAGCCAGGUGAUAAAGAACCUAGUCCGGUCAAGCCUGAUGAGAGGAAACCUAGUCUGGUCACACCAGAGGAGAAGGCGCCAAGCCCAGUACAUCUCGAUGAGAAAGUACCUAGCCCUGUCAAGCCAGGUGAUAAAGAACCUAGUCCGGUCAAGCCUGAUGAGAGGAAACCUAGUCUGGUCACACCAGAGGAGAAAGCGCCAAGCCCAGAACUUCUCGAUGAAAAAGUACCUAGCCCUGUCAAGCCAGGUGAUAAAGAACCUAGUCCGGUCAAGCCUGAUGAGAGGAAACCUAGUCUCGUCACACCAGAGGAGAAGGCGCCAAGCCCAGUUCAUCUCGAUGAGAAAGUACCUAGCCCUGUCAAGCCAGGUGAUAAAGAACCUAGUCCGGUCAAGCCUGAUGAGAGGAAACCUAGUCUCGUCACACCAGAGGAGAAGUUGCCAAGCUCGGAACUUCUCGAUGAAAAAGUACCUAGCCCUAUUAAGCCAGGUGAUAAAGAACCUAGCUCGGUCAAGCCUGAUGACAGGAAACCUAGUCUCGUCACAUCAGAGGAGAAGGCGCCAAGCCCAGUACAUCUCGAUGAGAAGUUACCUAGCCCUGUCAAGCCAGGUGAUAAAGAACCUAGCCCGGUCAAGCCUGAUGAGAGGAAACCUAGUCUGGUCACACCAGAGGAGAAGGCGCCAAGCCCAGUACAUCUCGAUGAGGAAGUACCUAGCCCUGUCAAGCCAGGUGAUAAAGAACCUAGUCCGGUCAAGCCUGAUGAGAGGAAACCUAGUCUGGUCACACCAGAGGAGAAGGCGCCAAGCCCAGUACAUCUCGAUGAGAAAGUACCUAGCCCUGUCAAGCCAGGUGAUAAAGAACCUAGUCCGGUCAAGCCUGAUGAGAGGAAACCUAGUCUCGUCACACCAGAGGAGAAAGCGCCAAGCCCAGAACUUCUCGAUGAAAAAGUACCUAGCCCUAUUAAGCCAGGUGAUAAAGAACCUAGCCCGGUCAAGCCUGAUGAGAGGAAACCUAGUCUCGUCACACCAGAGGAGAAGGCGCCGAGCCCAGUACAUCUCGAUGAGAAAGUACCUAGCCCUAUUAAGCCAGGUGACAAAGAACCAAGCCCGGUCAAGCCUGAUGAGAGGAAGCCUAGUCUCGUCACACCAGCGGAGAAAGCGCCAAGCCCAGAACUUCUGGAUGAAAAAGUACCUAGCCCUAUUAAGCCAGAUGAUAAAGAACCUAGCUCGGUCAAGCCUGAUGACAGGAAACCUAGUCUCGUCACAUCAGAGGAGAAGGCGCCAAGCCCAGUCCAUCUCGAUGAGAAGUUACCAAGCCCUGUCAAGCCAGGUGAUAAAGAACCUAGCCCGGUCAAGCCUGAUGAGAGGAAGCCUAGUCUCGUCACACCAGAGGAGAAGGCGCCGAGCCCAGUACAUCUCGAUGAGAAGUUACCUAGCACUGUCAAGCCAGGUGAUGAAGUACCUAGCACGGUCAAGCCUGAUGAGGGGAAGCCUAGUCUCAUAACAGCAGACGAGAAGGCACCGAGCCCCGUACAUCUCGAUGAGAAGUUACCUAGCCCUGUCAAGCCAGGUGAUAAAGAACCUAGCCUGGUCAAGUCUGAUGAGAGGAAACCUAGUCUCGUCACACCAGAGAAGAAGGCGCCAAGCCCAGUACAUCUCGAUGAGAAAGUACCUAGCCCUGUCAAGCCAGGUGAUAAAGAACCUAGUCCGGUCAAGCCAGAUGAGAGGAAACCUAGUCUCGUCACACCAGAGGAGAAGUUGCCAAGCUCAGAACUUCUCGAUGAAAAAGUACCUAGCCCUAUUAAGCUAGGUGAUAAAGAAGCUAGCCCGGUCAAGCCUGAUGAGAGGAAACCUAGUCUCGUCACACCAGAGGAGAAGGCGCCGAGCCCAGUACAUCUCGAUGAGAAAGUACCUAGCCCUGUCAAGCCAGGUGAUAAAGAACCUAGUCCGGUCAAGCCUGAUGAGAGGAAGCCUAGUCUCGUCACACCAGAGGAGAAAGCGCCAAGCCCAGAACUUCUCGAUGAAUCAGUACCUAGCCCUAUUAAGCCAGAUGAUAAAGAACCUAGCUCGGUCAAGCCUGAUGACAGGAAACCUAGUCUCGUCACAUCAGAGGAGAAGGCGCCAAGCCCAGUACAUCUCGAUGAGAAGUUACCUAGCCCUCUCAAGCCAGGUGAUAAAGAACCUAGCCCGGUCAAGCCUGAUGAGAGGAAGCCUAGUCUCGUCACACCAGAGGAGAAGGCGCCGAGCCCAGAACUUCUCGAUGAAAAAGUACCUAGCUCUAUUAAGCUAGGUGAUAAAGAAGCUAGCCCGGUCAAGCCUGAUGAGAGGAAACCUAGUCUCGUCACACCAGAGGAGAAGGCGCCGAGCCCAGUACAUCUCGAUGAGAAAGUACCUAGCCCUGUCAAGCCAGGUGAUAAAGAACCUAGUCCGGUCAAGCCUGAUGAGAGGAAACCUAGUCUCGUCACACCAGAGGAGAAGUUGCCAAGCUCAGAACUUCUCGAUGAAAAAGUACCUAGCCCUAUUAAGCCAGGUGAUAAAGAACCUAGUCCGGUCAAGCCUGAUGAGAGGAAACCUAGUCUCGUCACACCACAGGAGAAGGCGCCAAGCCCAGAACAUCUUGAUGAGAAGGCGCCAAGCCCAGAACAUCUCGAUGAGAAGUUAUCUAGCCCUAUUAAGCCAGGUGAUAAAGAACCUAGCUCGGUCAAGCCUGAUGACAGGAAACCUAGUCUCGUCACAUCAGAGAUGAAAGCGCCAAGCCCAGAACUUCUCGAUGAAAAAGUACCUAGCCCUAUUAAGCCAGAUGAUAAAGAACAGAGUCCGGUCAAGCCUCAUGAGAGGAAACCUAGUCUCGUCACACCAGAGGAGAAGGCGCCAAGCCCAGUACAUCUCGAUGAGAAGUUACCCAGCCCUGUCAAGCCAGGUGAUAAAGAACCUAGCCCGGUCAAGCCUGAUGAGAGGAAACCUAGUCUGGUCACACCAGAGGAGAAGGCGCCAAGCCCAGUACAUCUCGAUGAGGAAGUACCUAGCCCUGUCAAGCCAGGUGAUAAAGAACCUAGUCCGGUCAAGCCUGAUGAGAGGAAACCUAGUCUAGUCACACCAGGGGAGAAGGCGCCAAGCCCAGUACAUCUCGAUGAGAAGUUACCUAGCCCCGUCAAGCCAGGUGAUAAAGAACCUAGUCCGGUCAAGCCUGAUGAGAGGAAACCUAGUCUGGUCACACCAGAGGAGAAGGCGCCAAGCCCAGUACAUCUCGAUGAGAAGUUACCUAGCCCUGUCAAGCCAGGUGAUAAAGAACCUAGCCUGGUCAAGCCUGAUGAGAGGAAGCCUAGUCUCGUCACACCAGAGGAGAAAGCGCCAAGCCCAGAACUUCUCGAUGAAAAAGUACCUAGCCCUAUUAAGCCAGAUGAUAAAGAACCUAGCCCGGUCAAGCCUGAUGAGAGGAAGCCUAGUCUCGUCACACCAGAGGAGAAGGCGCCAAGCCCAGUACAUCUCGAUGAGAAAGUACCUAGCCCUGUCAAGCCAGAUGAUAAAGAACCUAACCCGGUCAAGCCUGAUGAGAGGAAGCCUAGUCUCGUCACACCGGAGGAGAAGGCGCCAAGCCCAGUAUAUCUCGAUGAGAAGUUACCUAGCCCUGUCAAGCCAGGUGAUAAAGAACCUAGUCCGGUCAAGCCUGAUGAGAGUAAACCUAGUCUGGUCACACCAGAGGAGAAGGCGCCAAGCCCAGUACAUCUCGAUGAGAAGUUACCUAGCCCUGUCAAGCCAGGUGAUAAAGAUCCUAGUCUGGUCAAGCCUGAUGAGAGGAAACCUAGUCUGGUCACACCAGAGGAGAAGGCGCCAAGCCCAGUACAUCUCGAUGAGAAGUUACCUAGCCCUGUCAAGCCAGGUGAUAAAGAACCUAGCCCGGUCAAGCCUGAUGAGAAGAAACCUAGUCUCGUCACAGCACAGGAGAAGGCGCCAAGCCCAGAACAUUUUGAUGGGAAGGCGCCAAGCCCAGAACAUCUUGAUGAGAAGGCGCCAAGCCCAGAACAUCUCGAUGAGAAGUUAUCUAGCCCUAUUAAGCCAGGUGAUAAAGAACUUAGCUCGGUCAAGCCUGAUGAGAGGAAACCUAGUCUCGUCACACCACAGGAGAAGGCGCCAAGCCCAGAACAUAUUGAUGAGAAGGCGCCAAGCCCAGAACAUCUCGAUGAGAAGUUAUCUAGCCCUAUUAAGCCAGGUGAUAAAGAACCUAGCUCGGUCAAGCCUGAUGACAGGAAACCUAGUCUCGUCACAUCAGAGAUGAAAGCGCCAAGCCCAGAACUUCUCGAUGAAAAAGUACCUAGCCCUAUUAAGCCAGAUGAUAAAGAACAGAGUCCGGUCAAGCCUGAUGAGAGGAAGCCUAGUCUCGUCACAGCGGACGAGAAGGCGCCGAGCCCAGUACAUCUCGAUGAGAAGUUACCUAGCCCUGUCAAGCCAGGUGAUAAAGAACCUAGCCCGGUCAAGCCUGAGGAGAGGAAGCCUAGUCUCGUCACACCAGAGGAGAAGGCGCCAAGCCCAGUACAUCUCGAUGAGAAGUUACCUAGCACUGUCGUACCAGGUGAUAAAGAACCUAGCACGGUCAAGCCUGAUGAGAGGAAGCCUAGUCUCGUCACAUCAGAGGAGAAGGCGCCAAGCCCAGUACAUCUCGAUGAGAAGUUACCUAGCACUGUCGAGCCAGGUGAUGAAGUACCUAGCCCGGUCAAGCCUGAUGAGAGGAAGCCUAGUCUCGUCACAGCAGACGAGAAGGCACCGAGCCCAGAAAAUCUUGAUGAAAAAGUACCUAGCCCUAUUAAGCCAGGUGAUAAAGAACCUAGUCCGGUCAAGCCUGAUGAGAGGAAGCCUAGUCUCGUCACAGCAGACGAGAAGGCGCCGAGCCCCGUACAUCUUAAUGAGAAGUUAACUAGCCCUGUCAAGCCAGGUGAUAAAGAACCUAGCCCGGUCAAGCCUGAUGAGAGGAAGCCUAGUCUCGUCACACCAGAGGAGAAGGCGCCGAGCCCAGAACUUCUCGAUGAAAAAGUACCUAGCCCUAUUAAGCUAGGUGAUAAAGAAGCUAGCCCGGUCAAGCCUGAUGAGAGGAAACCUAGUCUCGUCACACCAGAGGAGAAGGCGCCGAGCCCAGUACAUCUCGAUGAGAAAGUACCUAGCCCUGUCAAGCCAGGUGAUAAAGAACCUAGUCCGGUCAAGCCUGAUGAGAGGAAACCUAGUCUCGUCACACCAGAGGAGAAGGCGCCAAGCCCAAUACAUCUCGGUGAUAAAGAACCUAGCACGGUCAAGCCUGAGGAGAGGAAGCCUAGUCUCGUCACAGCAGACGAGAAGGCGCCGAGCCCCGUACAUCUCGAUGAGAAGUUACCUAGCCCUGUCAAGCCAGGUGAUAAAGAUCCAAGCUCGGUCAAGCCUGAUGAGAGGAAGCCUAGUCUCGUCACAGCAGACGAGAAGGCGCCGAGCCCCGUACAACUCGAUGAUAAGUUACCUAGCCCUGUCAAACCAGGUGAUAAAGAACCUAGCCCGGUCAAGCCUGAUGACAGGAAACCGAGUCUCGUCACAGCAGAGGAGAAGGCGCCAAGCUCAGAACUUCUCGAUGAAAAAGUACCUAGCCCUAUUAAGCUAGGUGAUAAAGAACCUAGCCCGGUCAAGCCUGAUGAGAGGAAGCCUAGUCUCGUCACACCAGAGGAGAAGGCGCCGAGCCCAGUACAUCUCGAUGAGAAGUUACCUAGCACUGUCAAGCCAGGUGAUGAAGUACCUAGCCCGGUCAAGCCUGAUGAGAGGAAGCCUAGUCUCGUUUCAGCAGACCAGAAGGCGCCGAGCCCCGUACAUCUCGAUGAGAAGUUACCUAGCCCUGUCAAGCCAGGUGAUGAAGUACCUAGCCCGGUCAAGCCUGAUGAGAGGAAGCCUAGUCUCGUUACAGCAGACGAAAAGGCGCCGAGCCCAGUACAUCUCGAUGAGAAGUUACCUAGCCCUGUCAAGCCAAGUGAUAAAGAACCUAGCACGGUCAAGCCUGAGGAGAGGAAGCCUAGUCUCGUCACAGCAGACGAGAAGGCGCCGAGCCCCGUACAUCUCGAUGAGAAGUUACCUAGCCCUGUCAAGCCAGGUGAUAAAGAUCCAAGCUCGGUCAAGCCUGAUGAGACGAAGCCUAGUCUCGUCACAGCAGACGAGAAGGCGCCGAGCCCCGUACAACUCGAUGAUAAGUUACCUAGCCCUGUCAAACCAGGUGAUAAAGAACCUAGCCCGGUCAAGCCUGAUGACAGGAAACCGAGUCUCGUCACAGCAGAGGAGAAGGCGCCAAGCCCAAAACUUUUCGAUGAAAAAGUACCUAGCCCUAUAAGGCCAGGUGAUAAAGAACCUAGCCCGGUCAAGCCUGAUGAGAGGAAGCCUAGUCUCGUCAUAGCAGACGAGAAGGCGCCGAGCCCAGUACAUCUCGAUGAGAAGUUACCUAGCCCUGUCAAGCCAGGUGAUGAAGUACCUAGCCCGGUCAAGCCUGAUGAGAGGAAGCCUAGUCUCGUCAUAGCAGACGAGAAGGCGCCGAGCCCCGUACAACUCGGUGAGAAGUUACCUAGCCCUGUCAAACCAGGUGAUAAAGAACCUAGCCCGGUCAAGCCUGAUGAGAGGAAGCCUAGUCUCGUCACACCAGAGGAGAAGGCGCCGAGCCCAGUACAUCUCGAUGAGAAGUUACCUAGCACUGUCAAGCCAGGUGAUGAAGUACCUAGCCCGGUCAAGCCUGAUGAGAGGAAGCCUAGUCUCGUUUCAGCAGACCAGAAGGCGCCGAGCCCCGUACAUCUCGAUGAGAAGUUACCUAGCCCUGUCAAGCCAGGUGAUGAAGUACCUAGCCCGGUCAAGCCUGAUGAGAGGAAGCCUAGUCUCGUUACAGCAGACGAAAAGGCGCCGAGCCCAGUACAUCUCGAUGAGAAGUUACCUAGCCCUGUCAAGCCAAGUGAUAAAGAACCUAGCACGGUCAAGCCUGAGGAGAGGAAGCCUAGUCUCGUCACAGCAGACGAGAAGGCGCCGAGCCCCGUACAUCUCGAUGAGAAGUUACCUAGCCCUGUCAAGCCAGGUGAUAAAGAUCCAAGCUCGGUCAAGCCUGAUGAGACGAAGCCUAGUCUCGUCACAGCAGACGAGAAGGCGCCGAGCCCCGUACAACUCGAUGAUAAGUUACCUAGCCCUGUCAAACCAGGUGAUAAAGAACCUAGCCCGGUCAAGCCUGAUGACAGGAAACCGAGUCUCGUCACAGCAGAGGAGAAGGCGCCAAGCCCAAAACUUUUUGAUGAAAAAUUACCUAGCCCUAUAAGGCCAGGUGAUAAAGAACCUAGCCCGGUCAAGCCUGAUGAGAGGAAGCCUAGUCUCGUCAUAGCAGACGAGAAGGCGCCGAGCCCAGUACAUCUCGAUGAGAAGUUACCUAGCCCUGUCAAGCCAGGUGAUGAAGUACCUAGCCCGGUCAAGCCUGAUGAGAGGAAGCCUAGUCUCGUCAUAGCAGACGAGAAGGCGCCGAGCCCCGUACAACUCGAUGAGAAGUUACCUAGCCCUGUCAAACCAGGUGAUAAAGAACCUAGCCCGGUCAAGCCUGAUGAGAGGAAGCCUAGUCUCGUCACACCAGAGGAGAAGGCGCCGAGCCCAGUACAUCUCGAUGAGAAGUUACCUAGCACUGUCAAGCCAGGUGAUGAAGUACCUAGCCCGGUCAAGCCUGAUGAGAGGAAGCCUAGUCUCGUUACAGCAGACGAGAAGGCGCCGAGCCCCGUACAUCUCGAUGAGAAGUUACCUAGCCCUGUCAAGCCAGGUGAUGAAGUACCUAGCCCGGUCAAGCCUGAUGAGAGGAAGCCUAGUCUCGUUACAGCAGACGAAAAGGCGCCGAGCCCAGUACAUCUCGAUGAGAAAGUACCUAGCACUAUUAUGCCAAGUGAUAAAGAAACUAGCACGGCCGAGCCUGAUGAAAGGAAACCUAGUCUCAUCACAGCAGACGAGAAGGCGCCGAGCCCCGUACAUCUCGAUGAGAAGUUACCUAGCCCUGUCAAGCCAGGUGAUAAAGAACCUAGCCCGGUCAAGCCUGAUGAGAGGAAGCCUAGUCUCGUCACACCAGAGGAGAAGGCGCCGAGCCCAAUACAUCUCGAUGAGAAGUUACCUUGCACUGUCAAGCCAGGUGAUGAAGUACCUAGCCCGGUCAAGCCUGAUGAGAGGAAGCCUUGUCUCGUUACAGCAGACGAGAAGGCGCCAAGCCCCGUACAUCUCGAUGAGAAGUUACCUAGCCCUGUCAAGCCAGGUGAUAAAGAACCUAGCCCGGUCAAGCCUGAGGAGAGGAAGCCUAGUCUCACCACGCCAGAAGAAAUAUUACGUCCAGUACACGUCGACGAUAAAUCAUCUACAAUAACCAAGAUAGACGAUAAACUGGAAGAAAAAGAAUUAAGUCUGUCGGAGACUGAUGAAGACGUGUCUAGCAUUAUAUCUGUAGAAAAAAUGAGCAAAGCAACAGAUCAUUCCCCUGGUAAAAUUGUUGAUGACAAAUACAUUUCUGUUAACACUUGUGAUUCUAUAAAAAUUGAAAGUGAUAAAUUUGAAAUAAGGGAAGAAAAUGAAGAUGGUUAUAUCGUCAUAGAAAAAGAUCAUCUUGAAGACAUGCAAACAACUUUGGAAGUUGUUGCUACAGGAAGCCCAAAGGAACAAAUUGAUAUGAAAGCGGAAAAUAUUAAUGAAAAAGAUACCACCAUCGAUGAAAAAUCACUAGAAUUCAAAAUUUCUGAUGCCCUUCUCAGCAAAGUUCCUGAAAAAGAACCUAGUCCAGAGAAAGAGGCUCAGACCAAGGAUAAAGUUGAUCAAGAAGUCAUGAAAACCAAAGAUCACCUGUUCGACAGCACAAUUAAUGAACAAUUUAAAGUCUUAGAACAUGAAAGAGAUCAACCUGACGAUGAAGUACCUAGCCCCGAUCUUGUGUUGGAUGCGAGUCCAAUACCAGACUUAGAGACUGUUAUACAAAGAGAUGACAUUCAUCUAGAAAAAGAUAGCAGACAAAUAAUUUCUAAUAAAGAGGAAGUUUUGAAAAGUAUCGAGAAAAUAGGAAAAAUCCCAUUACAAACAACAGAUAGACUAAAAACUAGUGAAAUCGAUAUUGUGGACACCAAUAAAAAACUUUUAAUCCCAAGUGAUGCACUAGUUAUUGGUACAAAACAAGAGUUAAAGAUGGAACUAGAACUCCAUGAAAGUACAAAAAGAGAUAUCAUUUCUAAUAAACUUGAUGAUAAGCAAGUUGAUUUAGAAAAAGAUAAACAUUAUAUCAAAUAUGAUGAAAAAACAAUCGAUGGUGAAGACCAAAAUGGUAUGGCAAAUAUACCAUUUGAGAAAUGCCCAGUCACAGAACCUUGGUCAGAAAAGUUUGAUGAAAAAGCCCCCAGCCCGUUUAAACUUGAUGAGAAAGUACCUAGCACAGCUAAGCCUGAUGACAAGGUGACUGUCGGUAGCAAGCUUGAAGAGAAACCACCAAGUCCAGAUAAGCUUGAUGAAAAAGAGCCCAGCCCAGUCAAACCAGACGAGAAGGCACCUAGUACAGAUAAACCUGAUAACAAGGUGACUGUGGGUCAGAAGCUUGAAGAUAAGACCCUAAGCGAAGCCAAGCCCGAUGAAAAAUUACCUAGCCUGGUCAAACCUGUUGAGGUAACACCUAGCACAGAUAAGCCUGGUGAGAAAGUGACUGUGAGUGACGAACUUGACGAGAAGACACUAAGUGCAGAUAAGCCUGAAGAAAAACAGCCCAGCCCACUCAAACCUGAUGAGAAGGCAUCUAGCACAGAAAAACCUGAUGGCAAGGAGGCUGUGGGUGACAACCUUGACGAGAAGACAGCAAGCCCAGCCAAGACAGAUGUAAAAGCACCCAGCUUAGUUAAACCUGAUGAGAAGGCACCUAGCCCAGAUAAGCCUGACAAGCUUGAUGAGAAGGCACAUAGCUCAACCAAGCCUGAUGAUGACACACCCAGCCCGGUCGAACGUGAUGAGAAAGCACCUAGCACAGAUAAACCUGAUACAGUGACUGUAAGCGACAAGCAUGAAAAGGAACCUAGCCCAGCCAAGCUUGGCAAGGAGACACUAAGCCCAACCAAGCCUGGUGAAAAGACACCAAGCCUAGUUGAGGCUUACGAAAAGCCGCCGAGCCCAAUCAAGCCUGACGAAAAAGCGCCAAGCCCAUCAGUCAAGCCUGAUGACAAGAUAUCAAGUCCGGUCAAGCUUGACGAAAAGGCACCAAGCCCAGUCAAGCCUGAUGAAAAAGUACCAAGCCCAGUCGAGCCUGAUGAAAAGGCACCAAGCCCACUCAAGCCUGAUGAAAAGGUACCAAGCCUAGUCGAGCCUGAUGAACAGGCACCAAGCCCACUCAAGCCUGAUGAAAAGGUACCAAGCCCAGUCGAGCCUGAUGAAAAGGCACCAAGCCCAGUUAAGCCUGAUGACGAGAAACCAAGCCCAAUCAAGCCUGACGAAAAGGCACCAAGCCCAAUUAAGCAUGAUGAAAAGACGCCAAGCUCAGACAAGCCUGACGAAAAAGCAACAAGACCAGUCAAGCCUGAUGAGGAAGUACCAAGCCCAGUCAAACCUGAUGACGAGACACCAAGCCCAAUCAAGCCUGACGAAAAGGCACCAAGCCCAUCAGUCAAACCUGAUGAAAAGGCGCCAAGCCCAUCAGACAAGCCUGAUGAAAAGACGCCAAGCUCAGACAAGCCUGACGAAAAAGCAACAAGCCCAGUCAAGCCCGAUGAAAAAGUACCAAGCCCAGUCAAACCUGAUGACGAGACACCAAGCCCAAUCAAGCCUGAUGAAAAGGCACAAAGCCCAGUUAUGCCUCCUGAAAAGGUGCCAAGCCCAGUCAAGCCUUGUGAAGAGACACCAAGCCCAUUCAAGCCUGGGGAAAAGGCACCAAGCCCAGUCAAGCCUGAUGAAAAGAUACCCAGCCCAGUCAAGCCUGACGAAAAGACACGAAGCCCAGUCAAGCCUGAUGACGAGACACCAAGCCCAAUCAAGCCUGAUGAAAAGGCGCCAAGCCCAUUAGACAAGCCUGAUGACGAGACACCAAGCCCAGUAAAGCCUGGUGAAAAGAAAUCAAGCCUAGUCAAGCCCGAUGAAAAAACACCAGGACCAGUCAUACCCCAUGAAGAAACAACAAGCCCAGUCACGCAUCAUGAAAAGGCACCAAUCCAAGUUAAGCCUGGUGACGAGACACCAAGCCCAGUCAAGCCUGAUGAAAAGGUACCAAGCCCAGUCAAGCCUGACGAAAAGGCACCAAGUCCAAUUAAACAUGAUGAAAAGACGCCAAGCUCAGACAAGCCUGACGAAAAGACACCCAGCCCAAUCAAGCCUGAUGACGACACACUUAAAACAAUUAAGCCUGAUGAAACGACACCAAGCCCAAUCAAGCCUGACGAAAAGGCGCCAAGCCCAUCAGUUGAGCCUGAUGAAAAGGCGCCAAGCCCAUCAGAAAAGCUUGAUGAAAAGACAACAAGCCCAAUUAAGUCUGACGAAAAGGCACCAAGCCCAUCAGUCAAGCCCGAUGAAAAGGUUCCAAGCCCAGUUGAACCUGACGAAAAGGCACCAAGCCCAGUUAAGCCUGAUGACGAGAAACCAAGCCCAAUCAAGCCCGAUGAAAAAGUACCAAGCCCUGUCAAGCCUGACGAAAAGGCACUAAGCCCAUCAGACAAGCCUGAUGAAACGACACCAAGCCCAAUCAAGCCUGACGAAAAGGCACCAAGCCCAUCAGUCAAGCCUGAUGAAAAGACGCCAAGCCCAUCAGACAAGCCUGAUGAAAAGACACCAAGCCCAAUCAAGCCUGACGAAAAGGCGCCAAGCCCAGUCAAGCCUGAUGAGGAGACACCAAGCCCGAUCAAGUCUGACGAAAAGGCGCCAAGCCCAUCAGACAAGCCUGAUGAAAAGACACCAAGCCCAAUCAAGCCUGAUGAAAAGGCGCCAAGCCCAUCAGACAAGCCCGAUGAAAAGGUUCCAAGCCCAGUUGAACCUGACGAAAAGACACCGAGCCCAGUCAAGCCUGAUGAAAAGGCGCCAAGCCCAGUCAAGCCUGAUGAGGAGACACCAAGCCCAAUCAAGCCUGACGAAAAGGCGCCAAGCCCAUCAGACAAGCCUGAUGAAAAGACAACAAGCCCAAUCAAGCCUGACGAAAAGGCACCAAGCCCAUCAGUCAAGCCUGAUGAAAAGACGCCAAGCCCAUCAGACAAGCCUGAUGAAAAGACACCCAGCCCAUCAGUCAAGCCUGAUGAAAAGACAGCAAGCCCAGUCAAGCCUGAUGACGAGACACCAAGCCCAGUCAAGCCCGAUGAAAAGGCACCAAGCCCAUCAGUCAAGCCUGAUGAAAAGACACCAAGCCCAGUCAAGCCUGAUGACGAGACACCAAGCCCAGUCAAGCCCGAUGAAAAGGUUCUACGCCCAGUCGAACCUGACGAAAAGGCACCAAGCCCAGUUAAGCCUGAUGACGAGAAACCAAGCCCAAUCAAGCCUGAUGAAAAAGUACCAAGCCCCGUCAAGCCUGACGAAAAGGCACCAAGCCCAAUCGAGCCUGUUGGAAAGGGGCCAAGCUCAGUCACGCCUGACGAAAUGGUGCCAAGCCUAUCAGUCAAGCCUGACGAAAAGGCGCCAAGCCCAAUCAAGCCUGAUGAAAAAACACCAAGCGCAAGCAAGCCUGAUGAAAAGGCGCCAAGCUCAGACAAGCCUGAUGAAAAAGCAACAAGCCCAGUCAAGUCUCAUAACGAGACACCGAGCCCAAUCGAGCCUGAUGAAAAGGCGCCAAGCCCAUCAGACAAGCCUGAUGAACCGACACCAAGCCUAGUCGAGCCUGAUGAAAAGGCGCCAAGCCCAUCAGACAAGCCUGAUGAAAAGACACCAAGACCAAUUAAGCCUGAUGAAAAGGCGCCAAGCCCAUCAGACAAGCCUGAUGAAAAGACACCAAGCCCAAUUAAGCCUGACGAAAAGGCGCCAAGCCCAUCAGACAAGCCUGAUGAAACGACACCAAGCCCAAUCAAGCCUGACGAAAAGGAACCAAGCACAGUCAAGCCUGAUGAAAAGACCCCAAGCCCAUCAGACAAGCCUGAUGAAAAGGCGCCAAGGCCAAUCAAGCCUGACGAAAAAGCGCCAAGCCCAUCAGACAAGCCUGAUGAAACGACACCAAGCCCAAUCAAGCCUGACGAAAAGGCGCCAAGCCCAUCAGACAAGCCUGAUGAAACGACACCAAGCCCAAUCAAGCCUGACGAAAAGGCACCAAGCCCAUCAGUGGAGCCUGUAGAAAAGGCGCCAAGCCCAUCUGACAAGCCUGAUGAACCGACACCAAGCCCAAUCAAGCCUGACGAAAAGGCGCCAAGCCCAGCAGACAAGCCUGAUGAACCGACACCAAGCCCAAUCAAGCCUGUUGAAAAGGCGCCAAGCCCAAUCAAGCCUGACGAAAAGGCGCCAAGCCCAUCAGACAAGCCUGAUGAAAAGACACCAAGCCCAAACAAGCCUGGUGACGAGACACCAAGCCCAGUCAAGCCUGAUGACGAGAAACCAAGCCCAAUCAAGCCUGAUGAAAAAGUACCAAGCCCAGUCAAGCCUGACGAAAAGGCACCAAGCCCAUCAGUCAAGCCUGAUGAAAAGACACCAAGCCCAGUCAAGCCUGACGAAAAGGCGCCAAGCCCAGUCAAGCCUGAUGAAAAGACACCAAGCCCAAUCAAGCCUGGUGACGAGACACCAAGCCCAGUCAAGCCUGAUGACGAGAAACCAAGCCCAAUCAAGCCUGAUGAAAAAGUACCAAGCCCAGUCAAGCCUGACGAAAAGGCACCGAGCCCAUCAGUCAAGCCUGAUGAAAAGACACCAAGCCCAGUCAAGCCUGAUGACGAGACACCAAGCCCAGUCAAGCCUGAUGAAAAGGCGUCAAGCCCAUCAGUCAAACCUGAUGAAAGGGCAUCAAGCCCAGUCAAGCCUGGUGAAAAAGCGGCAAGCACAGUCAAGCCCGAUGAAAUGGUUCCAAGCCCAGUCGAACCUGACGAAAAGGCACCAAGCCCAGUUAAGCCUGACGAAAAGGCGCCAAUCCCAUCAGACAAGCCUGAUGAAACGACACCAUGCCCAAUAAAGCCUGACGAAAAGGCGCCAAGCCCAGUCAGGCCUGGUGAAGAGACACCAAGCCCAUACAAGCCUGAUGAAAAGACACCUAGCCCAGUCAAGCCUGAUGACAAGGAACCUAACGAGCAUAACAUCGAUGAGAAGGCACCAAGUCCAGUGAAGCCUGAGGAUGAAACUUCUUUCAAAGUAGUAUCUGACGAUAAAGCAUACAGCUCUCCUAAAAUCGAUUUCAAAGAAGAAACUUCGUUAAAAUUAGAAGAAAAGCUGUUGAUUCAAGAAAAAUUGGACAAUGGAGACGUAAGUCCAAGCAGCCCUGUAAAAGAUUUUUCGUUUUUCGAUGAAACUGAAAUAGAAGAGCGACUUAAAGAAUUUAAACCCAUGGGAGACACAGAAGAAAAAACUGUUACGCAAUAUUUGACGGUAACUGAAAGAGGGAUUGUAAUUGUGAGAACAUUUAUAAUUACUACUAUCGUUCAGAAAUACUUUAGUAUUACAAGAACAACAAUAAUUUAUAAAAUUGUAAUAAAUACUAUCGAAGAAGACGAACUACCCGAUGGUACCAAAGUCAGGAGAACAUACAAGAAAACUACGCUCAGUGACACUAAGCCCAGUGUAGAACAACUUUUGAAGCUUUGUACUUUACAAAUAUCUGAAGAUGAACUACACAAAGAAUCAGAAGAUAUUGUGGAAAAAGAACUCAAACCUGUAGACUCAAGUGUCGCUUCAGUAAGCAUAAUUAAAUCAGAUGCUUUUCCACUCCAUGACAAAUCUGAUGAAAAUAAGCUGAGCCCAGUAAAGUCUGAUGACCAAAUCCCUGCAGCUGAUAAACACAAAAAGGUUGCCAGCCCUAUCAAGCCUGACGACAAGGUGCCAAGCCUACAUAAGUUUGAAGAAAAGCAGCCUAGCCCAGUGCAUCUUAGUGAGAAAGAUCCCAGUCAAAUGAAACUUGAUAGCAAAAAACCCUCAAUAGGUGAGCUUGAUAAGAAGAUAGCCAGCUCUGUCAAGCCUGAUGAAAAGGUGCCCAGUUCUUUAAGUGACAAGCUUCAUGAGAAGGUGCCUAGCUCAAUCAACCUUGUUGAUAAAGCAGCAAGCCACACAAGUGGCAUGCUUGAUAAGAAGGCACUGAGCCCAGAAAUGGAUGUAGAUGUUACAGAUGAAGGUUUUGAAUCGAUUAGCAAACCUCUGGAAGAAAGCACAACAAAAACCGAAAUUGUUACUGUUACAAGUACCACAAUUACAGACGUUAGCAUCGGAGAACAUUCGAAAGAAAUAAUUGAAGGGUCUAAAAAGGAAAUAGAAAGAAAAUUAAAAGAUGAUGAAAAAGACAUUGACGAAAAGGAACACCUUGAUGAACCUACUUCUAUUUUAAGUAGUAAAACAACGCACGAGAACAAGAUAUUAGCUCAAACUGAGGAUAAACCGGAUCAUACAAUUAAAGAUGAAAUAAUUCCAAAAUCAAGUCACAUUCGUGACUUAGGUACGGAUGAAAAAGAAGUUUACGAAGAUGGUGAGUCUCUAAGUGAUGAUAGUCAAACGUUAGACAAAGUUGAUGACAAGCAAAUUUUACAUGAUACUGAUAAGCCUCACGAUAUCAAAAAGAGAUCUCUUGGUGAGGAAAAGUAUACACAAGAUUUGAUCGAGAGCACUAUAGAUACUCUUACUCCAAUUCCACAUGGUAGCAGUUCAGAAGACGUGUCUAAAGAAACAAGUCUUGAAGAAAAAUAUAGUUUUGAAAGCACUGAAAAAGAAAAAGAAACCUUUAAAGAUAAGUUAUAUUCUGGUGAAACAUCAAUUCAUAAAGUGGAAUCUUUAAUUAUUGACGACUCAGUUACUUCAACAUUAAAAGAUACAGAUUCAACAAGAGUUCAUGAUGGCAAAACUCAAGAACUCGGGUCACCUAAAGACGAAAUUCCUCUAUCUGAAGCAUCUGAUUCAGGAGUUCACAGUAUACCUACAGAUUUAGGACCAAGUGACGAUAAAUUAGUGGUACGCGCAAUGAAAGAUAGUGCUGCGCAUCUUGUGGAAUCUAUUCAUAAGGCGUUUGAAGAAGAUACAGUACAACAAGGAAUCAAAACUGAAAGCUUUGAAUCCUUAGUGAGGGUUUCUACUCCCCCAACUGUACCAGUAAGUCCUCUUCCUAAAACUCCAAGUAGCUUCCAAGAUGUGAAGAUAAGCGAUGGAGUUCAAAGUGAAGUUACAUAUGACAAGUCUGAUGGCAGUGAAGAAACGAUAACAAAAGUGGUUCACGUUGGCGAUGACGUACUCACACAAAGAAUUUCAACUUCAACUGAAAAAGUACCCAAAAAGACAACAAACUGCACAGAUGACGAAUCAGAUCUCUUGUCUUUAAUGCAAAAUGUAGGAAAGAUCAAAACCGAAACUGAUACAGUAACAAAAAUCAUCAAAGAAGGUGAAAAUGUUGUAACACAGACUAUAACUACCGUAACUACUAAAGAAGUAAUCUCAAGAGAAGAUGGGACGCCUCAAAACAUUAAGACCACCAUUGAAACUACGACACUUAGUAAAGGCUCUGAUGGUUCUACAACUACAACAAAAGACACACAAACAUUACUUUCAGAAUGUUCUUCCAGCCUUAGAUCUACCUCAUCAAUGGAUUUAUAUGCAAAAGAUAGACUAGAUAAAGAUUAUUUGGAAGGUGAAGAAAAGUUUGAAAUUCGUGACUUGAUUGAAAAACGCGAGUCUUCCGUACCUAAAGAUGUAGAAUCUUUGAAAUCCUUUUUAAGUGAGACUGAUGAAUCAGAUGACAAUAUUGAAGAUACAAUUAUCGAUACUGAUGUCAGUAAGCGAAUCAUUAAAGAAAAUAAUAAAGACGUGGUGGAAACUGUCACAACAACGACUAAGAAAGAAACAAUCAGGGUCAGUGACCUCAAAAAAUUGAUCCGAACAACAAUCGAAACAAACGUUACCAAAGAACAUCCUGACGGUUCACAGGAUGUCCAGAAAAACGUUGAAGUUAAGACUGAAGAAAUUAUUUUAGAUUCUAGCAGUAAUUUAGAUAACAUUCUUAGCGAAUUUGUAAUUUGCGGUGAGCCUGAAGAAAGUGUUACAUCCAAAACAGAAGAUAUUAAACAAGAAACCUUUACCAUUAGACGUACAAUUGUAACAAGAAUAGUUAAAACGAAAUACGCAAAUACACAAGGUGUACCAAAAAAACUUAAGACUGACACAACUAUUACUACAACAGAUGAUUAUCCCGAUGGAUCAUCUCGCACUAAAGUAGAUAGUAGUACAUCGCUGACCGAUAUUGAAGUAGAACCCGUAGAAAGUCUUGAACUCCAAGGCAUGGUUUUAGUGGAAGACAAGUCAGUUGAAACUACUCAAUGCGAAAAAAAUAUUACUAUUGAUGGAAAAAGUGCUGUGCAAAUUGUAACUACCACUACAACAAAAGAAAUUUUGAGUAAUAUUGAUAGAACAAAGCGGAAACUCAAAACUACCGUAGAAACUGUAACAGAAACUAUGCUUCCUGACGGUUCCACAGAAGUAACUAAGGAUGUCAAAGUUUCUGUUUCAGAUAUCGGAAUAGAUGCUGUAGAUGAAAGUCUCGAAGGCUUUGAAUCAAUUGGCAAACCCAUGGAAGACACCACUACAGAAACCGAAACAGUAACCGAGAACGGUGCUAUUAUUAAUCGAAAGACCACUGUUACUACGAUUACACAAGAAUAUAUUAAUACGGCUGGGUCAGUUAAGCGCAUCAAAACAACAGUCAGAACCUUGGUAGAAGACGAGCAUCCAGAUGGUUCUGUCAUCAAGAAGACUAGUGAAAAAAUAACAUUAACGGACGAAAGUCUUGAAAAACCAAAAGAAGAUACUGACAAUACCGACAAUGCAAGCAUUGAGGAAAUUCUCAGCAAUCUUACUCCUUCAGAACCUGAAAUCAUGGAAGAUGUUCAAACAGAGGAAAUUACUGAAAAUGAAAUAAGAAUACAAAGAACUAUUGUUACUAAGAUCAUCAAAACAAAGUACUCUAACAGUCGUGGGGUUCCACACAAAAUUAAAACAGAAACUAUCGUAACAACAACUGAUAAAUAUCCUGAUGGCACAACAAAAACGACUGUCGAUACAAGUGUCACAAUUACAGACUUGAGCAUCGAAGAACAUCUAACACAGCAAAAAUCAUACGCAGAAGUAAAUGAAAUCACCAAAACGGAAGACAAGCCCUCAAAACCAGUUAUUAACGGUGUGCAUGAAAAACUUGGAAUAGAUAAACAGAUAUUAAGUAAACCCAAAGAAGCUGACAAAUCUCCCACGGAAGAAGAAAUACCAAUACACGAUGAUGAAAGCUCUACAGAAAGCAACAAAAUAGACUCUGCUCUAAAAGAAUUUAGUCCGGUAGGUAAACCUGAAAUAAGUGAAUCUAGCGAGUCUAUUGAUAUUAAAGAGAAAGACAUAACCAUUAAGAGAACUAUUGUAACUAAAGUAAUUAAAACGAAAUACUCUGAUAAACAAGGCAAUCUCAGAAAACUGAAGACUGUAACGAUACUGACCACAACUGACAAGUAUCCAGAUGGAUCAGCUCGUACAGUAGUUGAUAGUAGUACUUCUGUUACCGAUAUCGAAGUUGAAUCUGCAGAUGACAUUAAAGGUUUUGAUCCUAUUGGAGAACCAAUCGAAGACACCACUACUGAGACCAAAACUGUAACCGAGGACGGUGUUAUUAUAAAAAGGAAAAUCACCAUCACAACAACUGUCCAAGAGUAUACUAACAGAGAACAAAACAUAAAACGAACUAAAACAAUAGUAAGGACAGUAGUAGAAGAUGAACAUCCCGACGGUUCUGUUGUUACUAGAGCUAGUGAAAAAAUCUCACUCGUAGAUGAAACUCUAAAGGCUCCCGAACCUACUGCUGAAGAACAGGCUGAAAUGAAAAAGUUAGAAGCUGCGCUUAAAGACUUAUUACCAUCAGGUGAGCCUGAAGUAAGUGAAGAUACAGACAUCGAGGAAAUUAAGGAAGAUGGAAUACCAAUAAAAAGAAUAAUAGUCACUAAAAUUGUUAAGACAAAAUAUAUGGAUAGCCAAAGUGUUCUCAGGAAACUAAAGACAGUAAAAACUGUUACAACAACAGAUGAAUAUCCUGACGGUGCUGCUAAGACAACUGUAGAUACUAGUACAUCAAUCUCUGAAAUUAAGGAUGACCAAAAAGAAGUCUCAAGUCAGCAUGUCGCAGGCUAUGAACAAGUUGGUGAUGUACAAAUUAAUGUAGAAACUAAGCAUAAUUUGAUAAAUAGAGAUGGAAAAGAACUUCAACAAAUAAUUACAAUUAAGACAACCAAAGAAAUUCUUGAAUCACAACAGGGAAAUAAAAAAGUAAGAACUACUAUAGAAACUGAGAGUCAAGUUGCACUACCCGAUGGGAAUACAGAAAUCACAAGAGAUAAGAAAGUAACUCUUGACGAUUAUAAAUCAGAAACAUUCUAUGAAAAUCUUGUAGGUUACAUUGAAAUUGACAAACCAAAAGAAUCCGUGCAAACUACAGAAGAUUCUAUUACAGAAAAUGGUGUCAUGAUUAUUAGGAAAACUAAAGUGAUUACGACCUCACAAGAAUUCGAAAACAGUUUAACACGUUCUAGGAAGAUUAAAACGACAAUCAAAACCGAAACAGAAGAUGAAUAUCCUGACGGAACUGUGAUAACUAAAAAGAGAGUAACUGUUACAAUUACUGAUGUGACCGGUCAUUCAUAUCAAGGACAAGAAGACGUUCCAGAACGACCGGAUGACUUACCUAUUAGUGAUACAGAAAUUGUUGAAAGUAUGACCGAAGAUUUGGACGUCAAAAACGAAAUAUUACAACGAGGAACUGUAACAAUAAAGCGCAAAAUCACAAUAGCGACAAAACGAGAAUUCUUGGCUAGCAACGAUGUGAAUAUUAAACGCGUACGAACAACUGUUGAAACUACAACGGUAGAUGAAUUCCCUGAUGGUGCAACAGAAACAACAAAAGAUGUAAAGAUAACUAUCUCAGAAUUCCAGAAGACAUCAGACAGUGAUUUACAGGCUGCAUUGCAAGGAUUAGAACCAACGGGUAAAGUUAAGACAUCUGUUGAUAAAAAGACUAAUAUUAUGAAAUCCGAUCAGGGUGAAAAAAUUACCCAGACCAUCACAACAAACGUCACCAAGGAAGAACUUUGCCAUUCUAAAACGAACGACGUUGCUGUAAAAACAGUGACAGAAACAAUAACCGAAAAUGCUAAAGACGAUGGCACAGUGGAAACAACGAAAGAUGUUCGCACACAAAUCACUUAUUUACCUCCAGGAACUGGGCUUGAUGAUUGGUCUCCAGAGGAACUCGAAGAAAUAGAAAAGCAACCUAUUGCUCAAGAGGAAAGGCAAAUUGUGGACGAUAUACCUAUACACGCCACUCCAAAACCAGCUGAUAUAAAAGAUAAGCCAGAAGCUAAGCCUAAAAAACAACGCUCACCAGUUGGAGAAAUAACUACUGACACGGAGACUUAUACCAAAGUUAUUAAGGAAGGAGACAAUGAAAUUACACAAACCAUCACUGUAGUCACAACCAAAGAAGUAAUUAGUCCUGAAAAAAUCAAGAUAACCGUUGAAACCACCACAGUUAGUAAAGGAAGCGACGGUGUCACCAAGACCACAAAAUCUACAAAAACCACUAUUUCUGAAUUUCGGGAAGAAUAUGAAGAGACUGUAGACACUGGUGAAAGUGAAAAAUCAUUCUCCAAACUCUCUUCAAAAACUGGAGAUAUGCGCAGUUCAUCAGCUGCGAGUGAUGACUUGGAUCAUCCCGGUAUAUCCUCACCACCAUCAGAUAUUAGCUCAAGAGGGUCUAGAGCUGCUACUCAUAUUUGGGGCACAGAAAGCAGUGGAAUGUAUUACAGCGACGAAGAUGGUCAGGGUAGCCCUAGUAGUACAAAGUCUCAAAUUGCGCAUUCUCCAAGAUCAAAUCUUAGCUUUGAUUUAGACACAGCUAAAUCUCAACAUGAACCAGACCCGAUGUCAACUUCAAUUUAUGGGCAACUUCCUGAGGAUGACUCUUAUAAAUCUUCAUCACAUUCUGAAGUUACGACGACUGAGUUACUAAAAAGCUCGGCACGAAAGAUGACAGAAGAGUUUUUAACAAAAGAAAGAACGGAUCAUCAAAAACAUAGCGAUGCUACCUUCUUGAAAGAAGCUGAUGAACAUUUUGAGAAAGCAAUUGAAGAGCAUAAGAAGGUUAGCGGAUCCCAGGUAAUUUCAAAUAUAACAGCAAAAUAUGAACUUGACUCGAAAUACCACUCUAGUUCAAGUCACUCUUCCAAAGAAGAAAGUAAAAUUACAUUAAAGGAUAUUAAAUCGGAAACUAAAAAAGUAACAGAAAGCAGUUCAUCAAGCAAACAGGAAACAAAAUACGAAAAAUCUGAAGUUACCAGUGAAACAAGUAAACCAUCGAAAGAUCCAAUCGAGUCUUGGGGUAAGCCACUAGGUCUGCCGAGUCCGAUCGGACCACCAAUGCAGGCAGAUGGCAAGAGCACUCCUAAAAAGCAAGCAAGUUCAACAGUAUUGAAUAAAAAUAAAAUCAAUCAGGAGAAGAGCAAAGAAGCGAAGAGUCGCGCAUCAGAGUCUCCUAGCAAGAAGAAAGCUCCCGCACCUGUGUACAUGGAGCUGACGUAUGUUCCACAUCAUGGCAACUCAUACUAUUCAGCAAUUGAAUUCUUCAAACGAGUCCGGGCACGCUACUACGUGUUCUCCGGGACAGAGCCAUCGAAGGAAAUCUAUAACGCCCUGCUCGAUGCCAAGAAGACAUGGGAAGAUAAAGAUUUAGAAGUCACCAUAAUCCCAACGUAUGACACCGACGUCCUUGGCUACUGGGUAACAGAGAAUGAGGAAGCUCUGGAGAAAUACAAGAUCGACCUGUCGCCGUCUGCGUCACGGUGCACCAUCAAUCUACAGGAUCAUGAGACAUCGUGUGCGGCCUAUAGACUCGAGUUCUAGGUUUCGGGUCUAUUUGUAGCCUUCUCAUCGAAGAAGUGAGCCCCUUCCGCGGAGUCGACGCUUAUGAACCGAAUGAACCAAAGAAAAGUGUAAUUGUUGUUGUAGAAAAAAAAAGGCUGUGAUAAUGAAAGAAGUGCUUGUAAGCUUUGACUCCUGUGGCCACUCCUUCGUGUGAGAGCGUUUGCAAAUAGAUGUCGAGUUUUUGUGAUAUUUGAAUGCAAUUAACAGACUGCUAAAGAGUUUGAUAAAAUCUUAGUUAUUAAUGAACGUAACGAUAACCAAUGCGAUAACGAAAGUGCUGGUGUCAAUGUGUUGUGCUACCCACGGCCGAGUCGUAACUCCCAAACUGACAGUGUCCUGACCGCAUCCAAUUGUAAAGUCAAUAACCAAUUCUCGACCUAAGAACAGAGACGUCCAUUUUUUUCUAAAAUACAACUGUUUUCUAGUAGCUCGCCAUUUAAAAUAUAUUUCUGAUGAUGUUUUAAAAUUUGGUCUUAUACAAAACUGUAGUGCUUUUAUACACGAUAUUUAGCGUAACCAGUCCAUUUUGUUUAGCCAAACACCGCUUUGCGAUCAAAAUUUUUGGGGGGAUGUUAAAGAGAAAUUAUUUUGCUAUGGCCAUUUGUAAUUUACUAAUGUACAAAAUGUCUUAGCGGCAAUUCUUUUAUUUAGCGUAGUCGCUUAAAAAGGACGUGAUUAACAAAUGAAUGUCAUUGUAACUGACGCCAACGUAAACCUGAUGGUACUUUUUUUAAAGGUUUAAAUAAAGAUAUAAUAUAAACGAUUGUCUUAAAAAGACAUUCUUAAAUGUAAAGCCGCUCGUCGAGGCUAGUGCUGCGUGCGCUAGUGUGUAUUAAUAUUUGUUAGAUGAGACUUAUUAUUACGACUCUAGAACGACAAAGAUGACUUCUCGUGACAGCCUGUACCUCGUAAGUAAUCCAGUUAGAUAUAAGGAGUGACGUUUUUCACAUUUAUUUUGAACUCGAGCUUAUUUCCCUGCAACUUUAAACAGACGAGUGGUAGCGACCGACGACGGUGAUUAUUAAAAGGGCACGCGUUGUCGUCGAUUUCAAAUGUCAUCACGCUAAUGAAAUUUAUCUUCUAAGCUAUUUUAAAAUACGUUGCGCAUAAUAUCACCAGCUAAAGCAACAUUGCAUUAUCGCGACAACCUUAGCGUCCGACUUCAAGAGAAUGAUAUAAAGUUUUAGACACAGUUACAAUUAUGAUGGAAGAAUCCUGCAACUUCAAUAUUAAUUGGAUGUGUGUCUAAUACAUUUAUAUUUACGUUGAAGUGCAAACUUCGAUCGUUCGCUACCACGCAACUGAAGACAUCUGUGUUAUUCUAGACCAACAGUGAGCCUAAAACGAUAGAGAGCUUAACCAUUAUAAAUAAUAAAUGUUUUAGUAGAAAAAGUAUAAUUAAAGAAUUCAUUAUAUUUACCUCUGUUUAAGUUGAUACUUGCUUGUUGCGUCGAGGUCUAGUAAUAUAACAUAGUUAUAAUUACGUGUUAUAUAAAUUUAACUCAUUUCCAAAAGAUAAUUAUUAUUAUUCAAGUGAAGAGAUUGUCGAAUCUCUGUUUCUGUUACGUUGGCAUCUAUAUCCAUAUAUAUAUAUUAAUAUAUAAUAUUUUCGGUCUGUUGUAAUUUUGUUUGAAAUUUCUAGUCGUGGCGACCCAAAUACUUAUAAAAUCGUUAUAGUCUUUAUAAAUUCGUUCCUAUUCAGAUGAAUUGUUUUUAAGCAUUUUUGUAAUAAUAUAAUUGUUUUGACGAAGAUGAAAUCCUCAUGUAUUAUAGAUAAAUAUCCUCUCCAUUAGAUUUCCGAUUUGUUUCCAAGUGUUAUGUUCGGAUGUGAGCGAAUGUGAUAAUGAUCCAUAAAUGAUUCAGCAUAUAGCGUGUAAGCAGUGUUCGAGGCUUUCCUCCGACACACGGCAGGCGAGCAUGUUCCCUUCAAUUUAUUUAACAUCUUAUUGAUAACAAUGCUCACUUGCUUGUGUUUCCACAAUUAAGUUGUCCUUAUUUGCCAAAUAUAUCCAAUGAAAAUGUUUGAGUCAAUUAAUUUUAAGUCAUCCAUAGAUAUAAGUGGAUUAAUGUCACACAACAACCGCUUACUUCGCCAACAUUUCUUAUUAAAUAUAGAAAAAAUAAUAGCGAAAACAAUUCGUACUCUGAUCGCACCAGCACAAUGUAAUAACAUAAAAAAUAAAACUUUAAAAAAUUGUAAACGAAUACAUAAAGAAUACAUUUUUUUUUUAUUUAUUUAAUUUUUUAUGUAUGUCAACGAAUGAGUUUUUUAUUUUAUAGUUUAAAAUUACAUGAUUAAUAUAGUAUGUGUUUCUGUGUGUGGAUUGAUGUGAGCACAAUAUUGUUUCAUUAUGUGGUUUAUGCUUUAGGUAGUUUGGAUGGGACUAAACAGGGAUGUGAGGAAUACCUUGUGGAAUGAGAUCAGAACCGAUGCUACUUCUGUCGACCACCAUUGGCUUUCCCAGUCAAUUCUAUUACAAGCAGCGCUUCUUCAACAAUACGUUGCACAAAUAUCAACAUUAUUUUAUAGUUUGUCUACGACACAACUUUAAAAUAAUGUAAAUAUUCGCCAAGUUAACUAUUUAUAAAUCUUAAGAGUACAUCGGUGAUGAUGAUUUUAGCUUCGAACAAAAUGAGAUUUUGAAUAUUCUUUCUUUUUUUUUUGAAAUAGGCUUUGUUAUGUUCAGCCGGCAUCCACUGUCUAGCUGGCUGUAAAGCCUGACUCUAAAGUUUACUAUUGUAUUUUAUAGCUAGAAUUCUAAUUAAUGCAUAUUAUUAGGAAUAUUAAAAAUGUUAUUAAAAUUAAGAAUUGUAUCAGCUUAGUGAACAUCAAUAGCUCUGAGAAUUAAUAAACCAUUAUUGAAAUUAUUAAAUGUUGUAUUCUUCCAAAUGUGGGUUAAAUAUGUUUAGUUGUGUGAUGGAUUAAGUUGUCCUCGUUGGGUGACAGCAGUGACGCGGGUUUAAACUUAAGCUUGUGUAUAUUACCUCGAAUAGACAUUGAAUAAAAAUCUGAACAAUUUGCCAACGUAGAACCUGCUUUACCUCAUGUCUUUGGACACUUAGAUUAUUAUAUAUAAGAUACACAUAUUAUAUAUAAGACAAUGAAUGCUAUAUACAAAAAGGUACACCGUAUGACUGUGUGUCAUUAUUCAAUAAUACAUACUUUAAUUUAUGAGGAGGAAUUUGGUGUGUGCGAGAGGCUGAGAGCUUGGCUUGAAAAGGAUUUUUAAGAUUGAAAUAAUAACAUCGAUUUAGAAAUGAAAUUGAAGAUGGAUUUGUUAUAGAUAGUUAACA